UUGUGGCUGUCUUAGAGGAUCAAGAUGACUCAACUUGGAGAUGAUCGUUCUUCAAGCUUUUGAUUAGCUUGAUGUACUUGGUGAUAUGUUGUUUGAGGAGGCCAUCUUCUAAAGCUAUUAUGCUCCUACUAGGAAUAUGAUAGCAGUGUCGACAAGUAACGAGACAUGGAGUUAUCGGCAUCCAUGGCACAAUUCUGUUCAAUCUCUUGUGGGACUCCCUUUUUGCCUGGCCAGCAAGGCAAAUCGAUCUCAGUUCUUAUAAUUUAGUUCUUAUUCUUUUCUGGUGUUGGUGUGGCAUAUACCAAUAGUUCUUAUGAUUUAGUUCCGAAUUGAAACUUGUGUUUUCAGAAACAACCUCUUUAAAUAUUUAAAGGUAAGGCGGUAUACAUUGACCCUCCUCAGACACCGCAUUGGUGAGAGCCUCGUGCAUCGGGUACGCCCUUGGGCAUGCCCUUUUUUUAUUGAAACUUGUGUUUUCAGCAUAGUUAUUAGUAACAAUGUUAUCGAUCAAGGGUUGCUCCAAUGAUGAAUGACAUUUAUAACACUAUUUUGGUGGGACAGAUGAGAAGCACCAUUUGCGGUUUCGAUAAGAAGAAAGUAACUUGUAAUAACUUCAUGAGUUUAUCUUCCUUGUUUAUGUUUGGCUGCAUAGCAUCAAGCUACAGGAUAUCAUUCUCAAAUUUUCUUUUAUUGAAGAGGAUUCUUUUAUCUAUGUUUACUUCAGGAAUCCUUGGGUGAAGAAGUUACCUGAAAAGUAGCUUCUUAGUAUAUGACAAAUCGACAAACUUAGUAAGUGAUUAAUGUAUAGUUUCAAGUACAUGUAAAUAUAUAUCAUCAGAAGUGAUUCUCUUCGGCAGUAGACUUUUGCUAAUUCUUGUAGGAGACUAGUAGCGUCUGACUCUUACUUUCAUUGCUGCCUUCGUUUUGUAUAAAUGUGAUGCGGUAUUGUUUCUGAGUCAUCCGGUAUCAGUUGUUUUCUGCAUUAUUUAUUCUGAUACUUUAUGCCCCAGUACAAAUGUGAUUUAAAUUGCUUGUGCUGUAUGGGUAAAUGUCUUUAGUUUGUCCAAAUUUCUUGAUGUAAUGUGCCAGCCAAAUUGUGAAAUACAAGACUCAGAUGUUCUUUUGAUUGGUGUUCUCUUGACAAAGUUAGUAAUUCAUGUACAGUUGCAAUUGCCCGGUAAAUGCAGUAUUGAAAGCAAUACUCCUCAUUUCAUGAGACCUGCCUGCAAAUAAUCCUUGCCUGACUCUUAACUUGAUUUCUGCCCUUGUUUUGUAUAAAUGUGUAGUGGUGUUGUUUCUGAGCCUUUCAGUAUCAAUCAGUCGUGUUCUGCAUAAUUUCUCCAGAUACUUCAUUCCCUAAUAAUAAUAUUGCUCUUGUUUGUCCAAGUUUCUCAACGUAAUAAUUUGUGAGUCAAAAAUUGUGCCAUAAAUGUCUUCCAGAUGUUCUAUUGAUUCAACUGCUUCUUUGCAUGGUUACUCAUAAUUAGGAGAAAUCCUUUCAUGGCACAUGAUGAUGAUGAUGUAUCAUCUCGUUUGGCUUUUGGUUUUGCUAUCGAUUUAUCACUCUAGAUUUUUGGAGGGUUUGUUUUACUUGUUUCCACGAUGCGAAAGUUACCAGCAAUCGGUAUUCACUUUGAUAUUAUUGUUUGAUUGCCGGUAUUCAACAUAAAAAUGUUUUAGUAUGAGAAACAUUGCAGACUUAAAUGCAUAAUAGCAUACAAGCUUGAAAAGGGUGGCACUGCACACGACCCUUUUUUAGGAUAACAUUUGUUUACCACGUAGCCAAUCUGUUAUAUACCCAACAAACCCUCAUCAUAUGUGUUAUUGGCUUUGCAUUACGCGAACGAGCGUGGCUUUAACUAAGGGUAAAAGAGGAAGAAGACGAAGAAUAAGUAGCUGCAGCGGCGAUGGGGGCGGGAGGACUGGCCUUUUAGGCUGGUGUCCCAUUCCUCGCUGCGCCUUCUCCUUUUUCCACCCACCCCCCUUUCCCCUCUCUCGCUGUCCGAAGAAGAAAGGAGGAGCGGCAGCUUAUUUCUCUUCACCAUGAUCUCCGUCCAAGAUCAACCGGUGGCAGGAUCCUCUCCGGAGCUGCAACGAUCGCUUCACGAGAUCCUCGGCGGUGGAAUCCUGGAUUUACAGGAACUGUGUUUGACAGUUGCGGAUGUGAUCCUUUGGAGGAGAAAGAAUGUAACGAUAGCGAUACUGCUUGGUGCACUGGCUUCUUGGCUGGUUUUUGAAGUGGUGGGAUAUACGCUAUUGUCUCUUGUUUCAAACGUUCUGCUGCUGCUGAUUUCCAUCCUCUUUCUGUGGGCAAAGGCUGCAGAAGUCCUUAACAGGCCUCCUCCGCCCAUGCCAGAGAUGCACCUCUCAGAAGAAAUGAUAUAUGAAGCUGCAGUUUUGUUCCGAUUCCAUGUGAACAAGGUCCUAUCUGCUUUCAAUGAUAUUGUACAGGGAAAGGACCCAAAACUUUUCUAUACAGUAGCUCUGUGCCUAUGGCUGAUCUCCAUGGUUGGUGGGUUGACUGAUAUGCUCACUUUGGGUUACACAAGUAUUGCAAUCAUCCUAACAGUCCCGGCACUGUAUGAGAAGUAUGAAGACGGCCUGGACCGAUGUGUGAAGUUGGCUCACAUGCAAGUGAAGAUGUACGAGGCAGUAUACACCGAGUGUCUUAACAAAUACUUUAUAAAAGCUAAGAAGUGGAUUUUGGAAAAGAAAAAAUUAAUUACUGAUGUAUGACUAUGCCAUGGAACAUCUUUCGGUUUUCCUCCUUUUAUCAUCAUUAUCAGAAAAGAGUUUUUGGAGUGGUC